AUGACGACGACAGCUAUUUUGAGGGAAGGUCAUCUUUACAAAAAGAAGGAAUCGGAGAAGAUAAAGAACUUGAAUCAUUUAGAAACGGGUGGAAGAGACUUGUGUGAUUUCAACCAAUGGCAGCAGAGGAUUCAAGAAGAGGAAGAGCAAAAAAGGUACGAAAUGACGGAACUGCUACGACUGGCUGGCAAGUUGAGCCAGGAGCAAUCAUUGGCCGCUAGGAAGAAGGCAGUUGAAGAUAACAAGCAGAAAGUUGAGGAGAUGAGAAGAGAGGCAGCUCUUCUCAUGCAAGAAUUUAUGGUGAGAAAGUUGAAAGAAGAGGAAAAGAUGAGAAAAAAGGUCGGAAAGGUAAAGUCGAUAAUGUUUGAUUCGAAGGAAGCUCGCCUGAAGAUGGUGAAGCUGAAAGCGAAGAUGGUGCAGGCAAGUAGGGUCAAGGACGUCGACCUCUACGAGACGUCUGGCUGCGGUCUGCACACGGAAAUGUCCAUUAUGGAGUUGCGCGAAAGGUUGAAGAUGAUGCAGGAAGAACAAAGAAGAUGGCUGCAGACGAAAAGGAUGGAGAUAAACAACAACAAACAAAACAAAGAACUAUCAAUCCAACAGACCAUAGAACAAAUAGCCGAGCAUAGAAAUGAAAUUGCAAGGAUGGCUCAAUUGAAGUCAGAAACGAAAAAACGAUCAUCAACAAAUCUCCCGCGCAAAACGGAAGCUAUACUAGAAAUGGAACGAAAGAUCGAAGAAAUGAAGAUAAAGAGAAUGAAUGAAAGCAUGGCCUCUUACGUCAGCAACGUAGCCACAAACGACGUCACCAUCGUUCCGAUGAAGGCGACCAACAUGAGGCUGAAGCUGCUAGAUAUGUAA